UUGAGGUUGUAGCGCGCGGCAAUAGAGGCCGAGCUGAUCAGUCUGCGCGAGUCUUUCGAGCAGUGAACGUCAUUUUCUCUCUCGCCUCCCCGGAUACGUUCAUCGUUAUCUAUCUACUCGAUCCUCGCUCGCAGAUCGGUAGAGAAGGCGGAGAGGAAGAUUUGUCAAGCGGACUGCUUGACUUCCGUUCGAUCCAGAAGAAUCGAUUCCGCACACAGUCGCGCUGAUACAGCGGAAACUUUCAAGCACAGAUGGUCAGAGGGUCGUUGCCUGAUAUCGCAGUGACGAUGGCAUCGGGAAGAGAAAUUUACGGUGCAUUCAGCUUGAUCGUGGAUGACGUCGACUCUCAUUCGAUAUCGAGCGAGAACUCAGAUUUCGAUGGACUAUCGAACGAAAGCAGUUCCCACAAUUCGUCGUCUCAAACUCCGCUGGACAGUCCAGGUGGUCCUAGAGAAAAAAUCAAACAGAUGCAAGUGGAAGCCGAAACUAGAAGAGGUGAAUUCGCGAGGCUACUAGAGGAACAUGCUCAAGUAGUGAGGAAGCUAAAGAUGAUGGAGGCCGAGGAGCAGCUCUCGUCGACCGGAAACGUAGUGGGAGCUACGCACGCGUGAUUCCAUCUCUGAUCGGGUAAAACAGUUUGUAGGAUUGGGACCACCGUGAUUUUGCGAUGCGAACCGAUCGUUUCGUUAAGUAUACGUCGGCCAAUUGGGAAUUUGCCGAAAAGUGUUGCGUUGCUCUAGAGAAAUAUUACUAGGAUAUUCGACACGGCAAGAGAACAAUGAAGAAUGUAGAAGAAACUGGUAUUUUUCGAACAAACAGGUAUAUUCGUUUCAGAAUUACUUUUCUUUUCAUUUAUAAUACAAAGUAAUUAAAAGUAACCAGAAGAUAGAAAUAAAUUCUUGGCCAACAGACGCUCGCCCUUAGAGAAAAUCGGUUGAAUGGGAAACGAAUUUCCUACGCUUCUCUCUUUAGUUUCUCCUACUUUCCGUCAACGUUCGAAUCGCGAAUAUGCAAGGAUAAAAAUGACCGAGCUCUUUCUUUUACGUUUAUCACGAAGUCUGAAACACUUCUUCUUUACGACAAUAAUGAAGAACUCGGCAUACAUUCACCGGUCUUUCAACUAAAAAGACCAAAUGUAUCCGAUGUAAAUACAUACACAGCAAAAAUGGCUGGCCUAAACGUAGUACAAACUUUUGAAAAACGAAUAACAAAGCGUAGUGCUAACCAGAAUAGUGAAAAGCUUUGGUGGUAGCACUGUUUUCAAUACACUAUCGUUUAUAAAACAUCGUCAUUUCCAAAUAAAUCGUUACUACGUACAUGUAGUAUGUCUCGACGAAGUACAUACAAGCUUCUACGUUUUAUAGCAUUGUAUAUUUGAGUGUUCCAUACGUGUAAGUAAGUAGUUUUAUAUGUAUACCUUAAGCAUAUAUAUACGAUAGCGUAGGACUGUAAGCCUGCCGUAAUACGCGGAAAUUUCUGUAAAUAGAUUCCUUUUUUCACAUAAUGCAUUAUUCACACAAGAGCUUUAUGAUGUAGUUGCGCGGUAAUAAAAUCAUCGUUCGAGAUUUUGUUUCAUUAUGCAUUACGAGAUAUGAAAUCGGUUCGCGUUAAACACGGACCAACGAACCACGAGUACGAUAUUUCUUGUCUCUACGUGCAUAUUGCGUCAGGUUUGUAUCCUUACGAAAUACAUAGGUAUUAUUAGGCAUUUAUAGAAAUAUGCACGUAUACAUAUGUAAAAGAAAAAUAUAUACGAAUAGAACGAACAUUCGGUAUACGUUGACUUUUUUUCAUCUGUUCUUGCCAUCUAGAAAUCUUUUGGAUACAACGGAUCAAUUUACAUACAUACUUCCCUUCGAAAAAUAUACUUUCUUUCUGCUUGGUAAUGCACAACCAUACGAUAACGGUAAUACUUUCGAUUGAUUUGAACAAAUACACAACUACUACUUUAGUAUUGUCAUACUACUUUAUAAUAGCAAUAUU